UAUGUAUUAAUGAUUUAGAUAUUUGGUAGAAUGCGGAAUUUGGUGAACUCUGUUUGGUUGCUGAGAAAAAUGGAAGGAAUUUGAAUUUUGUUUGUUUCCAAGGAAAUGGGAGAGUGUUGACUUGUUUAAGUAAAACAAGUUUUAUCAGAUUAAUUUGAGCGAAGAGAUGUGAAUUACUUCUAUUUGUUGAUUUUCCUGCCUCUUCUCUGCUACCACACUGAAAUAUCUAAUUAUAGCUGAAUUUCAAACGAAACUUGACUGACAGACCAACAACCGUUAUGGGAGCAGAAGAAAUUAAAACAGACAUGGAUAUCAACAGUUGGCCCUCAGACUUGGCCCAUGAGCAGUGGGUUGCACUACCAGUUUCUGGUGCACGACCAUCAGCUCGAUACAAGCAUGCUGCAGUAGUGGCUGAUGAGAAACUAUAUAUCACUGGCGGAAGUCGUAAUGGUCGAUACCUGUCUGAUAUUCAGUUAUUUGAUCUUAGAAGUUUGACAUGGUCUAGUCUGAAACUGAAGAUUGAGCCUAGUGAUGAUAAAUCAGAGGAAAAUGGCUUACAGGAAGUUCUUCCAGGCAUUUCAGAUCACAGUAUGAUUAAGUGGGAAAAUAAACUUCUUCUUCUUGGCGGGCAUUCAAAGAAAUCUUCUGAUGCAAUGAUAGUGCAUUUCAUCGAUCUGGAGACACAUGUCUGUGGUGUUAUGGAUACCUUUGGAACAAUUCCGGUAGCACGCGGGGGUCAUUCUGUUACACUGGUGGGUUCUAAGCUGAUAGUGGUUGGUGGAGAAGACAGGAGCAGGAAAUUGCUUAAUGAUGUACAUGUUCUUGAUCUACAGACAAUGACUUGGAGUGUAGUUGAGUCAACGCAGACACCCCCAGCUCCAAGAUUUGACCACUCAGCUGCAGUGCACUCUGAGCGCUACCUUUUGAUUUUUGGUGGUUGUUCGCAUUCAGUAUUCUUCAAUGAUCUUCAUGUAUUGGACUUGCAGACUCUGGAGUGGUUCCAACCCCAAGUUCAGGGUGAUUUGGUGAGUCCUAGGGCUGGUCAUGCUGGUAUAUCCAUUGAUGAAAUGUCGUAUAUCGUUGGUGGUGGAGAUAACAACAAUGGUUGCCCUGAGACUCUUGCCUUAAAUAUGUCUAAGUUAGUUUGGUCCACUUUGACAACUUUGAAGGAGAGGCAUCCACUUGCUAGUGAGGGCCUAAGUAUUUGCUCGGCUGUAAUUGAUGGGGAGAAGUAUUUGGUUGCGUUUGGUGGAUACAAUGGGAAAUAUAAUAAUGAGGUUUUUGUUAUGAAACUCAAGCCAAGAGACUUAUCUCAUCCGAAGAUUUUCCAGUCUCCGGCAGCAGCUGCAGCAGCAGCUUCUGUUACUGCUGCAUAUGCAUUGGCGAAGUCUGAAAAAUUGGAAUUCCCACAAAUAAUAGACCUGAACUAUAAUGGAGUUGAAAAGAGUGUUCCUCAAAAAGAUAUCAAUACUGAAAUUGAUGCAAUUAAAGAAGAGAAGGCGGCAUUGGAGUCAUCGAUUGACAAAGUCAGGGCCGAAAACUGUAUGCUGAGGGAGAAGAUCGAUGAAUUAAAAUGCAAUCAUACUGAAUUAUCAAAGGAACUCCAAUCUGUCCAAGGUCAGCUGAUAUCAGAGAGAUCAAGAUGCUUUAAACUUGAGGCUCAAAUUGCAGAACUACAGAAGAUGUUGGAAUCAUUACAAACCGUAGAAAACGAAGUGCAGAUACUUGGGAGACAAAAGUCUGCCCUGGAGCAGGAGAUGGAGCUUUCAUCUGCCCAGCGGCAAGGUUCGGGUGGUGUUUGGCAGUGGAUAGCCGGGGGCACAUAGAGGUUGCAUAUCAUUCGAAACAAAAGGAUCAUACUGGAGUUGCUCCAGUAUCUCUGAAGCAAUGACUAGGUAGGUUCCAAACCCAACUGGUAUCAGAGGGUGCGGUCUAUUUGAAUAACACUUAGAUCAUGCACACUGUUUACAUGUGUUUUGACACUUUUCUUGAUAAGUGUUUGUGAGCUUCCGAGUUUCGAUUUUGAGUAUUAAUUUUUUUUUGGAGGUGAUUGAUUCCUGAAUUUGUUCAAAUUGUACUUUUCGUCCUGGUUGUGUGGGCACUUUUAUUAAUUUUCAGGUCUUUUUACUGGAUACUAGUUGUUCCGUAUCCU